GACCUGGAGACGGAUGUGACGGAGAACCACUGCAUUCCAGCCAGAUACUGCAGAAUACUCCAAAGUACCGAGUGAGAUUUUGACGUACGCAUCCUCUCAAAUGACAGAUUUACUCCAGUCGUCAGCUGCAAGCCCCAGAUUGUUUCCCCCAGAGUAUGGGUCUGUGAGGGAGAUACGGAUUAUGGGGGUUUAUGGGGAGGCUCCGCUUCGAUAGACAUACUUAUGGAUCACGCCCGCAGUUAGGGUCUCAAAUUUUUUCGUCUCUUCUCUCUUCAUCCUCGAGAACACCCUUUCUCGAAGAACACAACACCUCUUCGACAAUUCACUUACACCAACUUGUCUAAGCUGUUGUAAUAGACGGAUACACAAUGGGUCUUCUCACCAUCGUCGAAGAGAGGCCGACGCCGCCUUCGGUCUACAACUGGCGCAUCUACGUGCUGGCCGGCAUCGCGUCAUGUGGAUCCUGCAUGAUUGGCUACACGAGCGCCUUCAUUGGCACGACCAUCGGUCUCGACUCUUUCAAGGCCGAGUUCGACCUGACCAACAAGACGACCGCCGAGAGGCACGUUAUCAGCGAGAACAUCGUCUCUCUCUUCGUCGCCGGUGCCUUCUUCGGUGCCCUCCUCACCUACUGCCUCAGUCACUUCAUUGGUCGCAAGCGUUGUUUGGCCAUCGGAGCAACUAUUUUCUCUUUGGGAGCGGCCUUGACCUGCGGCGCCAACGGCAAUCUUGGACUCGGAAUUCUCUACGCUGGACGUGUCUUUUCGGGUUUGGGAACUGGAGUUGCUUCUAACAUUAUCCCCGUUUACAUCUCGGAACUUUCACCGCCGGCUAUUCGUGGUCGUCUGGUCGGUCUCUACGAACUUGGCUGGCAGAUUGGUGGUUUGGUUGGUUUCUGGAUCAACUUCGGUGUUGAGAACAGUGUUCCUGUCGGCCGCUCGCAAUGGAUGAUCCCUUUCGCAGUCCAGCUGAUUCCUUCUGGUCUCCUUUUGGCUGGCUCCUUGUGGAUUCGUGAGUCUCCUCGAUGGCUCUUCCUCCACGACAAACGCAAGGAGGCUAUGGAGAACUUGUGCUGGAUCAGACAGCUGGAGCCCAAUGAUGUCUACAUUACCGAGGAAAUCGCCGGUAUCGACAAGAUCUACGAGUCCACCAAGGCCACCGUUGGGUUUGGCUUCUGGCAGCCCUUCAAGGCCCUCGGUGCCCGUCCCUACCUGCAGUGGCGUCUGUUCCUGGGCUGCAUGCUGUUCUUCUGGCAGAACGGCUCCGGUAUCAACGCCAUCAACUACUACUCCCCGACCAUUUUCUCCAGCAUCGGUGUUGAGAGCAAUACUGUCAACCUGAUGACUGGUAUCUUUGGUGUCGUCAAGGCCGUCAUGACCUUUGUCUGGCUGCUGUUCCUCGUCGAUCAGCUCGGAAGAAGAAAGCUUCUUCUCAUUGGUGCCAUCACCGGUUCUAUCUGCAUGUGGGUCAUUGGAGGCUACAUCUGCAUUGUCGAGCCGACCAAGAACCCUCAAGACCACUUGACGGGCAGUGGUAUCGCUGCCAUCGUCUUCUUCUAUCUGUGGACCGCCGUCUACACCCCUACCUGGAACGGUACGCCCUGGGUUAUUAACUCUGAAUUCUUUGAUCCCAACUUCCGUUCCUUGGCAAGUGGUGCAACCACCGCCAGCAACUGGCUCUUCAACUUCCUCGUCUCCCGUUUCACGGAGCAGAUGUUCGCAGCCAUGGGGUACGGCGUGUACUUUUUCUUCGCCGCCCUGUCAUUCCUUGCCUUCUUCUUCGCCUUCUUCCUCAUCCCCGAGACGAGCGGUGUUCCCCUGGAGAAGAUUGACAGACUGUUCGAGAUCAAGCCCGUCUGGAGAGCCAACGAGACGUUGAUGGCCCAGCUGAGGGAAGAGGAGGUACAGUUCCGCACAGACAUCAAGGACGAGGUUAUUCACAAGGAGCAGGGCACGUCGUCGGAGUCGGACUCCCCAUGAAAGAUGAAAGAAGCUGCGCUGGCAAACGCAGAUUCACACAUGACAUGAUUACGAACAGUACAUAGACAUGGAGAUAGAGCGGCAUUUUGAUUUAUCGCGAAGGGGCAUCUGUUUGCGAAUACCCGGCAUCGAGUUGUCUGCAAUCUUGAAUAAAAGACAUUUCAUGGCUCGAGCUACCUGAACGCUUCAUGAUGCACUUGAUU